AUGUCAAAAAAUAAUACAACUAUCAACCUUACUAUAAAUUAAUUGAAAGAUUAAUGGAAAAAAAGCUGUAAGAAUGAGAUUGUGCCUCAAUUUGUACGUCAACCAUCAAUAAAUCAAAUAAGAAUUUCCAAAAAUAAUAGAUCUUCAAAUUAUGGCACUUCCCCUAUUAAGUUAUCAACUGAAUAAAUUUAAGCACCUAAAACCUUGAAGCAAGACAAUUUUUCAUUAGAAUCCACAAUUUCAAUCAGUAGUUAAAUUUUUAAAGUCGAUUCACACAUUGAGAGCAAGUAGAUUUAACCAACUCCUUAAAUAAAAAUGAUUAUGAACUAAGAACAUUCUCAUAUUAACGUUACGACAAUAAUGAAAAUAGAAGAUGAAUCAAAUUCUAAAGAAUAAAUAUAAAUUAGUAAUGUGUAAACAGGGUUGUCAUAAUUUCGUAUUAUAAACAUCUCAAAUGAUAUCGAAAAUCCUAUUAACUGCUUGGAUUUAUAGUUUCAGCCCGUAGUUUUUCAGAGCUCUAUCUAAUAGCACACAUUUUAGAAAAAAGCCGAAAGCAACAAAAUAACACAUAAAAUGUAUAUGAUGUAAAAAUUAAAUAAAUUCAAAAAGGAUGAAAUGAACAAGAAAAUAAUUAAACACGAUCCUUUGAAGCAAUCAUCUUCAUUAAAACCUGAAUUAUAACUGAAAAUAGUGGCUUCAUAAUCAUUAACUUAGAUUAAGAAGAAUCCAAUUCAAUAGGAGAAAGUGUAAGAUCAACAAGAAAAUAAAUUAGAUUACGAGUUCUAAAAAUCAACAAUGUCAAAUGAAAUUUACAGUUUUGUCAGUGCAGUUGUUUAACCAAAAAUCUAAAAUUUCAGACAACCAUUAUAGUAAGAUUAGGAUAACUAAAGCGUGUAAAAAUUGAAUUUCCAAACAGAAGCUACCCAUGAGAUUAAAUAGUAUUUCGUUCAAACUUUUCCUACUCCUCCCCUAAAGUUGUAAAGACUGAAAAUGGAAACUGUAAAUAUGUAAUAAAAUUCUCUGGAUGAAAAUAAUAAAUUGUUAAAAGAUCAACCAACUAAAGAAAGUAUUUAAACAAAAACUUAACCAAUGAAAUUAAAAUAAGAUUUGCUUAAAAAGGAUUAAAUUCCUUUAUUUUAAUUGUUCAUUCUGAUUGGAGAUGGAAAGAUAAAUGAAAAAAAAGUGAAAUGGGGAGAUUAAAUUCCAAUCAAGAAUUGUCCUUUAUCCACUCUUAAUUCUAAUGCUAUGAAAUCUGAUUAAAUUGAUUCAAGUGUUGUUAAAGUUUGCCUAUCUCAAAAUAUACUUUAAGAUCGUAAGAUAAAUUUAGACGAUUAAAGUAAAUAGACUUUUUAAACCAAAUCAAUUAAGCUUUCUUUUUUGAUAAAGGAUUAUGAUGAUAAAGCAAAUUAAGCUAUCAAGUGUAUGAUAAUUCCUUUACAAUUUAAUGAGAACUUAUUGAAAGUGAAUUAUGAGAUCGUAUAACCUAAAGAAAAACCUCAAUAUCCAACCCUUCUUCAAAUGAAUAGAAUGAAGAUUGAAAAGAUAAAGGAGUUAAUAACUGAAGGGAAAACUUCAAGAACAGCUUUUAAAAUCAAGUAAUUCUAAAAACAUGAUUCUAAUGGAAUUCAAAUUAGAUAAGUUACGGAAACAAAUGGUUCUGAAAAAAAAUAUGUAUAGCAUGGAAGUUUAAUUUUGGAAGAAUCAAAGGAAAUUUAGGUUUCAUAAAGAUGCUCUAGUAUUGAUAAAGCAACAUCAAAGAUUAAAACCAGUAAAAACUAAUUUUCAAUUCUAAAUAGAUUCUAAAAAAUAAAAUAUUUAGGAAGGGGUAAUGUUAGUGAUGCUUAUUCAGUGUUUGAUUAGUAAACAGGCAUGGCUCUAGCUUUGAAAACAAUCUAAAAGUCAUUAAUUUAAAGUAAAGGUAUCAGUACAUUGAUAUCUAAUGAAAUUAAAACACAAAUGGUGUUGAAUCACCCUAAUAUUUUGAAAUGCUAUGGGAUAAUAGGUGACAACAAAUAGAUUGCUUUAAUCUUGGAAUUGAGUGAUUAUACAUUAUACAAUUUGAUUCGACAAAAAACAAUUAAUAGAAAAGAAAUGAUUGAUAUUUUACAUUAGGUAAUAGGUGCUGUUAACCAUUUGCAUAAAAAUGGUAUAAUCCAUAGGGAUAUAAAGCCGGAGAAUAUAUUAAUUUCAUAAAACGUAAUCAAAUUGGCUGACUUGGGUAUUUCAAUAAGGGCAUACUCUUGCUCAUAAUAUUGUGGUACUCAAGGAUAUAUGGCCCCAGAAAUCAAAUUACAUGAAAAAUACACUUCGAAAGUAGAUUGUUACAGCAUAGGUGUUUUGAUAUAUGAAAUGCUCUAUAAAAAAUUGCCUUUGCAAACUUUAUACCCAAUAAAAAAUGCUAAGAAUGAUUUAUUGAUUGAUUUGAUGAAUAAUUUAAUAGAGCCAAAUCAAGAUUUAAGAUACUCUUGUUCUUAAGCUCUAGAUCAUGAAAUUUUUAACUAGCUGAUUUACCCGUAAUUAAUAUAAACCUCAAUACUAAACAAUCUUAAGAAAUUACUGUGA